CACACUGGAGAGAAACCUUACAGCUGUGAUCAAUGUGGGGAAACCUUUUCUCAGAGUAGUCACCUUAAAAGACACCAGCGCAUUCACACUGGAGAGAAACCGUACAGCUGUGAUCAAUGUGGGGAAACCUUUUCUCGGGGUAGUCACGUUAUAAUACACCAGCGCAUUCACACUGGAGAGAAACCAUACAGCUGUGAUCAAUGUGGGGAAACUUUUUCUCAGAGUGUGAAUCUUAAAUCUCACCAGCGCAUUCACACUGGAGAGAAGCCGUACAGCUGUGAACAAUGUGGAAAAACGUUUUCUCUUAGUAGUGGCCUUAACUCUCACCAACGUGUUCACACUCGAGAGAAGCCGUACAGCUGUGAACAAUGUGGAAAAACCUUUUGUAGGAGUGGUACUCUAGAUAUCCACCGACGUGUUCACACUGGGGAGAAGCCGUACUGGUGUGAACAAUGUGGGAAAACCUUUUCUGAGAGUGGUACCCUUAAAUCUCACCAGCGCAUUCACUCUGCCUCGUUGUGAACGUGUUUCAGAGCCAAGCUGUUUCCUCCUCCUCCUCAUGCCCUGAUAGCUGUGUUGUUAUAUUCUGAUCUUCUCUCCACAUUGAAGGCUGACCAGCAGUAACUUUAUCUUCUGAGCAGCAUGGAUGUUAUCCUGGCUACGACUACGUAUUACGCUCCCUCCCUUUGAAGGGUUAACUCCACUCAAAAUGAGCUUUUUUUCCUGUAAUAAAAUAUUCUGAGGUCAGGGUUCAACUGCUAGCGCUGUUUCACUAAUGCUGCAACGGAGGAGUAUUUGUUCUUA